AUGAUCACUGAUUACUUGGCUGAACAAUUUCUAGUUUGGAUAUGGGAUCGAACACGAGAUAUCGAUUAUUCUAUGCUAUUGUCAAUGCUAUUCAAAUAUACAACUAAAGAAGUGACAACAACAAUAGCUUCAUAUCCAAUUGAUGCAUAUCCAUUACUCGUCUGUCUUUCUAUUCAUCAAAAUCAAAUUGAUAUAGUGUCUACUAUCAAAGGUACGAUGUCGAGUGAAGAAACAUUUGUUAAUCUUGUAGAAACACGUAAAAAAUUCGAUCGUCGAGCUGAACUUCCACAUUCGAAUAUUUGUCGUACCAAUAUUAUUUCAAAUAAAAAUCAGUCGAUGCCAACAAAUGUCUUGAAAUCACACACUAAAUAUUCACCUAUUACAGAAAGAAUAGCUAGAGAUUUUAAGAAUUCAUUUAUGCAGAUUAUUCGUAUUGACCAAGUUGAAAACGAAAAAUGGUUGAAAGAAUAUCUUGAACAGAAGAAACUUAUCGAUGUUCGACUUGGUCAUGAUAACAGUGAACAGUAUCUUUUUCAUGGAUGUUCACGUUCAGCUGCUGAAAAUAUUAUUCAACACGGUUUUGAUCAUAAACUUAUUGGCAUGCACGGCGCAUCAUACGGCUAUGGAUUCUAUUUUUCUUCCGAUCAUCGUAUUAGUCAUAUGUAUGCAACUCAAGAUCGUCCACGAAAAAAUCCAGUUGCUUUUCUUAUGGGGUACAGCAUUGGUUUUAAAGAUGAACUUAAUCCCCUUUGA